UCUCUCUCACUCGCUCUCUCUCUCUCUUUCCCUCGCUCGCUCACUCACUCCGGAAAAACUCAGGGAGACCAAUGACGAACAGAAAGUGGAGAGCCCGCUCCGCUCCAGGCAUGGGAACGUGCGGCCGCGCUCCACUCACGAGGAACUAGCGCUGCGGGAAGGCAGAGGACAGCGGCAGCUGAGAGGAAAAUCAGAUCAUGUCAGAUCUCUCCCCCCCUCUCCUUAUCAGAGGAGCGCAUGGGCAAGGAUCGCUGUAGGCUGUAAACCCAAUCCGCCGUGAGGCACCGCUUUCUAGCACCCUACCUGGGCUCCGGCAGGUUUCCGGGUCACCUCACCCCAAGCAGGGGGUCAGGAUCCCCCCCCCCGCCAAAAGCAGCCGGCACCCACUGCACGGUGGCUUCGAGGACCCAAGAGAGGAUGCCCUAAUUGAAGCAAUGGACAUUUUUAUUUUUGUUUUUCACUUUGAAGAGACCUCAACAUACAAAGAUAUAUGAAAUAAGCCACAUUAUAGUGCAUGUAGCUUUGCCUAUCAUUUUCAGUCUAUAUAACAAGCCACAGAAGAACCUCUAUGAAACCUUUACUGUAAAGAUAUUAGUUAUUCAAGCACAUUUGGUAUUAGAAAAUAUUUUUUUGCUGGCAGUAUCUGAUAAGACAUAAACUAGAUGUAAUCAUUUGAGUGACAUACUUAACAGCUUUAGGACAUUCUGAGCAUUGCUUGGACAGCAAAUGGAUGACAGAGUCUUCCUAAUGAAAAUGAUCUAGCGUGCAUGAGCUUUUGUUCCUGAUCUGAACGGACAAUAGAAAGCAAACCACAGAUUUAGGUCACGAUGUUAAGCAAACCUCUCAUUAUCAAACCUGACAUGGUCCAACAGUAAUGGUUUUGUGUGGCACGGUAAGCAAAUGAUGUUGUAAUAGGGCAUGAGCCGCAAUAAAAACCCUGCGCUAGGCAUUUCUGGGUUUGUCACGCAACCUUGCCCUGCAAUGAAAAUACUGACCAGACAGAUGGACUAGAAGUGCAUCUGACAAACAGGAGACAGGGGCUGUCAGAACUCUUAAACAUCAGACUGGGUUUUUCACUUAUGGGAAAAUUGCUUGGAUGAACAACAGCUGAGAGUGCUUACUGGACUGGAUGUACAUGGACUCAGCAAUAUCUAGUCAGCAGCCUGGCCUUAGGAAGAAGCUAGAUCCCAGACUUCAUACAGAGGAAGUGAGUAAGCACAGUUCAUAGACUCAUUAAGGACAUUAUACACUGGUAUGCUCCAAUCCAACUACAUGCGGCACACUUCUCAGUACGAGGACAGCAGUCUGGCACACUAUGAUUCAUGCAGCUUGACUGUGCAUGCAAUUUGGAGUAACCUAAAACAUCCACUUGAGACAGCGGGGGAUACAGGCAACCCAAUUAGUUGGAUCGUUUUUAUAUGAAGGAAACUGAAUGUUGUCCAACAAUUUUUUUCCUAAAAUGUGUCUUCGGUAAUGGUGGUUGAAACACCAACACAACAUUCCAUGUUGUCAGAUUAAGUAACAUCAAAAGAAAAAUCGUGACAAUCUUUGAUAGCUGACCACCUUUUGCCUUUUAGCUACUUUGUUUUUCCACACACCUUCAGGAAAUACGAUCCUAAAGGCCCCACGGUUUCUUGUGUUUUGCAAGGCCUAUUCAUGGUGGGACCCUGGGUUCGGAGGUAGGGGGAAGAACACGGGACGGUACAGCAUAUCUGCAAUGCCCAGCUGCGACCGGGGCAGGUGGGGCCCCUGAUGUAGCAGCGGGCGGCGCAAUGUUGCGGAGGGGGCACGUGGCCUGGGCGUCGAGGGUCGGGGUGGUGCUGGUGGUGGCCUGCUGCUGCCUGUCCCUGCUGUACGUGCUGGCCUGCAGCCCGCGCUCCGACGAGAGCCGGGCCCCGCUGCCCCGGGCCAACGCGCCCACGGGGAAGGACGGCUUCCAGGCCCUGCUGCAGGAGCGCGAGGAGCAGCACCGGCACUACAUCAGCAGCCUGAAGAAGCAGAUCUCCCAGCUGAAGGAGGCCCUGCAGGAGCGGAGCGAGCAGCUGAAGAGCGUGCAGGACUCCCUGGAGAGGGCCGCCGGGGCCCCCGCCGUGGGGCUGCUGGACGGGGCGGCCGAGAGGGGCCACGCUGACCUGCAGGAGUUCCUCCGCACACAGCUGGGCCGGGCCGAGGUGCACACGGGCACCAAGCUGCCCAGCGAGUACGCGGUGGUGCCCUUCGAGAGCUUCACCCUGCAGAAGGUCUACCAGCUGGAGACGGGGCUCACGCGGCACCCGGAGGAGAAGCCCGUCCGCAAGGACCGGCGCGAUGAGCUCAGCGAGACCCUCGAAACUGCCCUGCAGGCCCUCAACACCCCCCGUGACGGGGACAGCACCCAGCAGAGAAAGGUGUAUUCACCCUCCGACUUCAUUGAAGGGAUCGCUCGGACAGAGAAAGACAAGGGGACUCUGUACGAGCUCACCUUCAGGGGCGACCGCAACCACGAGCUCAGGAGACUGGUGUUCUUUCGCCCGUUCGGCCCUCUGAUGAAGGUGAAGAACGAGAAGGUCGACACGGCCAGUAUGCUCAUCAACAUCGUUGUACCCCUGGCCAAGCGGGCGGACAAAUUCCGACAGUUCAUGCACAACUUCAGAGAGGUGUGCGUUCGACAGGACGGGAGGAUUCAUCUCACGGUGGUGUACUUUGGGAAGGAUCAGAUGAGUGAAGUGAAGGGGAUACUGGAGAACACAUCCAGAGAGAUCAACUUCAAGAACUUCACCCUGAUCCAGCUGAAUGAGGAGUUCUCGCGCGGGCGGGGCCUUGACGUGGGCGCCAGGGCGUGGAAGGGCGGCAACAUCCUUCUCUUCUUCUGCGACGUGGACAUUUACUUCACCGCCGAAUUCCUGGACUCCUGCCGACUGAACACACAGCCUGGAAAAAAGGUGUUCUAUCCGGUUCUCUUCAGCCAGUAUAACCCGAGCCUGAUUUACGGUCACCAUGAGAACAUUCCCCCAAUAGAACAACAACUGGUAAUCAAAAAGGAUACAGGUUUCUGGAGGGAUUUUGGCUUUGGCAUGACCUGUCAGUAUAGGUCAGACUUCAUCAAUAUAGGUGGCUUCGACGUGGACAUCAAGGGCUGGGGUGGUGAGGACGUGCACCUUUACAGGAAGUACCUGCACAGCAACCUGCUGGUGGUGCGCUCGCCCUCGCGCGGCCUCUUCCACCUGUGGCACGAGAAGCGCUGCGCCGACGAGCUGCCGCCGGAGCAGUACAAGAUGUGCAUGCAGUCCAAGGCCAUGAACGAGGCCUCCCACGGCCAGCUGGGCAUGCUCUUCUUCAGGCACGAGAUCGAGGCCCACCUGCGCAAACAGAAACAGCACGCAGCUGGCAAGAAGACGUGAGAGCAGAGGUGGACAUAGAAGACUUAGGGGUGGAUACAGAGACCCGGGGCGGGGAGAAUAAUGAAGUCUUGCAGGUGGAGGACUUGAAGCAUGGGUAGAAGACUUUGGACGGUAGGAGGGAGGACCUGACAAGUUAAAGAAAGGUGGAGGGGACAGGAUAUAUAGGAGGGAAGACAUUUUUUAUCUGUUCUACACCAGCCCCUCCUCUGCUGAAGCCUGUAUCAGAUCCUCCAAUCAGAAGAGCCAAAAGUACAGCAGAUGACAUUUGUAAAGGUAUGAAUAUGUUGCUGUGGUAGCAGCUUUCUGUGAGGAGGAUAAUCCUGUGGGUUGACCCCUCAAUUUGAGGAGUACAAAAAGACAUGAUGUUGUUAAAAAAAAAGCCACAAUUAGCUUUAUUACACCUCUGAGUUUUUGGUCAAGUUUGGUCACACUAUUACAAAGUAUCUAAAAG